UAAAUGCACCGAAUUCGCGCCUCCAGCCCCGGAAUCCAUUCCACGCGCCUUCAACAAAAUUGGCACCUGUUUCCAUAUGUAACCCUCGCCCGCUCUUUCUCCUUCUCUCUCUCUCACACACACCGAAAGCAAUACCCUAACCCUAACCCCGGUGGACCAUUCAGUCGGGUCUCUUCUCCUUAAUUCGCUGUUCAUGCAAUGGAAAUAUCAGAAUCCGUUAUUGUCAGGUCUAGUAGACUGAAAUCUGUUGUGUGGAAUGACUUUGAUAGGGUUAAGAAAGGUGAUACCUGUGUGGCUAUUUGCCGGCAUUGUAAAAAGAAGCUCAGUGGAUCAAGUACUAGUGGAACAUCUCAUUUGAGGAAUCAUUUAAUUAGGUGUCGAAGAAGAUCGAAUCAUGAUGUGGCUCAACUAUUUGCAUCAAGAGAAAAGAAAAAGGAAGGGGCGGUUACCCUGUCUAAUUAUGCUUUUGAUGAAGAUCAGAGGAAGGAUGAAGUGCUUAAUGUUGUGAAUAUUAAAUUUGAACAGGAUCAGGUGAAAGAUGGCAUAUCUAAUAUUGGAAACAAUGUUAUUGAUCAAAAGCGGAGUCGAUUUGAUCUUGCUCGAAUGAUAAUUUUACAUGGUUAUCCUUUGACCAUGGUUGAGCAUCUUGGUUUUAAAAUAUUUGUUAAGAAUCUACAGCCGUUGUUUGAUCUUGUGUCGCUUAACGGAGUUGAGGCUGACUGUAUGGAAAUUUAUGAGAAAGAGAAACAAAAGAUGUAUGAAGUGUUGGAUAAAUUGUCUGGAAAGAUCAGCCUCGGUGCUGAUAUGUGGAAUGCUUCAGGAGAUGUUCAAUACCUUUGUUUGACGUCUCAGUAUAUUGAUGAAUCUUGGGAAUUGCAGAAGAAGAUUCUGAAUUUUGUGAUUAUGGAUCCCUCUCAUACAGAAGAUAUGCUUUCAGAAGUUAUCAUGACAUGUUUAAUGGAUUGGGAUAUUGAUCGUAAGUUGUUUUCCAUGUCAUUGGAUUGUUGUUCAACCAAUGAUAACAUCAUGUGCAGAAUUAGAGAUCGACUCUCACAAAAUAGGUUUCUUUUAUGUGAUGGUCAAUUAUUUGAUAUACGCUGUGCUGCAAAUCUUGUGAAUAUGAUGGUCCAAGAUGCCUUGGAAGCAUUGUCUGAGGUAACCUGUAAGAUUCGGGAAAGCAUACGGUAUGUUAAAAGUUCACAAGCAGUGCAAGAGAAGUUCAAUGAAAUGGCUCAACAAGCUAGAGUUGAGAGUCAAAAAUUCUUAUGUCUUGAUAAUCCAUUGCGGUGGAACUUGACAUAUUUUAUGCUUGAAGCUGCCUUGGAGUACAAAGAUGCAUUCUCUCUUCUGCAAGAACAUGACUCUGCCUAUACAAUGUGCCCAUCUGAUACGGAAUGGGAGAGAGCAGGUGCUAUAGCUGGCUACUUGAAGCUCUUCAUUGAAGUUACUCAUGUUUUCAGUGGGAGCAAGUACCCAACUGCAAAUAUAUAUUUCCCUGAGAUUUGUGAUAUUCACUUGCAAUUGAUUGAUUUGUGCAAUAGCUCAGAUAUUCUUAUUAGCACUUUGGCUUUGAAGAUGAAAAGCAGUUUGAUGAGUAUUGGAAGAAAUGCAGCUUGGCUUUAG